AUGCGAAGGGCCGGCGACCCGCAAUGCACUGCGCUCGCCGCUGCCAAGGACAAGAAAGGUAUCGCAUUUUCGUACUCGGAGAUCGCGUCCAAGCUGCACCUCUCCGAGCAGCGGAUUAUUGACAUCUGCACUGGUGCGGCCGUGCCCACGACCGGCGAGUUCGACUCCCUCGCCCAGAUUCUCGACAUCAAGUCGCCGCCGCCUCGCGACUCUGCUCACGUUCGUGUAUGA